AUGGCAGAAAACGCAGCACCAAUUGAGGAAGAAGUCGUUAGGAUUUUGGGGGGUAUAUACCUUGGUGGGAUCCGCCCCAUCGUCGACCACAGACCAUUAGGUGCAGAAUUCAACAUCACUCAUAUCCUUUCCGUUAUAAGGUUCCAAGUAAUUCCUGAGUACCUGAUAAGGAAGGGCUACACGCUAAAGAAUAUACCCAUCGAUGACGACGACGUGACGGACGUGCUACAGUAUUUUGACGAGACUAACCGAUUCAUCGAUCAAUGUUUGUUUCCGAAUGAAAUCGAGUAUUCGCCCAAGUUAGUAGACUUUAAAAAGAAGCCACAGCGUGGUGCCGUUUUCGCUCAUUGUCAGGCAGGGAUUUCGAGGUCCGUAACUUUCAUAGUAGCGUACCUGAUGUACCGUUACGGGUUGAAACUAUCGAUGGCCCUGCAUGCUGUUAAGCGGAAGAAGGCAAACGUGGAGCCAAAUGAAAAUUUUAUGGAACAAUUAGAACUGUUCGAGCACAUGGGUGGGGAUUUCGUUGAUUUCGACAAUCCUGCCUACAAACAAUGGAAAUUGAAGCAGUCUAUCAAGUUGGACCCAUCCGGUAAUGAAUUGGUAUCCAACGCUGAUAUGUUCAAAGACUCAGAAUCAUCUCAAGACCUAGAUAAAUUGACUGAAGCUGAGAAAAGCAAAGUCACCGCUGUGAGAUGUAAGAACUGCAGAACCAAAUUGGCACUAUCCACGUCUUUCAUUGCGCACGAUCCGCCGAGUAAGGAAUCAUCAGAGGGACAUUUCAUUAAGAGAGCAGCCAAUUCUCACCGUAUUAUCGAUAUUCAAGAAUCACAAGCAAACUGUUCGCAUUUCUUUAUUGAACCGUUAAAGUGGAUGCAACCUGAAUUGCAGGGCAAACAAGAGUUAGAAGGUAAAUUUUCGUGUCCAGGCUGUUCUAGGAAAGUAGGUGGGUAUAAUUGGAAGGGCUCUAGGUGCAGUUGUGGUAAAUGGGUCAUUCCUGCUAUCCACUUGCAAACUAGUAAAGUAGAUCAAUUUCCUCUGCAGUCCACUGUCUUGCCUAACAUGGUUAAUUUUGAAUCCGAAAAAAAAUAA